CAUUUCUCUCACUGGGAAUCGGUGCCAACUAGUGAGUGGCAUAGUAAAGUCUAAGUGCUAAGUGCUAAUCUUCAGUACUGCAGUAUCCAUUAAAAAAUCGUGAUACCGCACUCUUUAGUAACAGAUCUUUAAACAAACAAAAUGAAUUCGGUACAGACUGCCGUAUUAAAGAAGAUCACACAAACAUUCGAGAUUGGACAAAUACUAUUCAACUAUGGCGCUCGGAAAUACACAGAGGGAUCCACUGCUGCAACUUUAUAUCGGGAUAUCCGAAAACGUUAUGAAAACCUUACCACCUUAUUAAGAGACGAUGAUGUAAAUAUGAAUAAAGUGUUCGAAGAGAUAAAAGAUUUUGCUGAAUACAUGAAAAGUCUGGCUCCUAGUGCAAUUGCAACUGACAUUGACGGUGACAUUAAGGAGGAAAAUGAGAGAAUACGUCGAUUGAUCAUCUCGUUACUGCGAACAGUCCCUUGUUAAAGCGCAUCGGUGAUAUGCUAGAGCUAAAACCCAAUAGCAAAAAACGGCAACGACGGGAAAAAGACGACGACGAUUAAAAAGACGACGAAGCUCUUUUUCUAGAGCAACGACGAUCGGCAGGGAGGUUCUACAAGAUGAGUAGAGUUUAAGUUUUAUAUCUAUAAUUAUGAGAAUUAGAAGAGUCUAAAGUAAAAUCAACAAAAAUGAAAUAAGGGAAACUGUUAUUAUCUAAGAACUUUGCAAAAAUUAAAUAAAAACAUUGUUCAUUAAGAUUA